ACAGCGCCAGUCGGUGUGGGUAAGGGCGGGCUGAGUGGGCGGAGCCGAAUGGCGUCAGCGCAAAGAUGGCUGCCUCAGCGGCGCUGUUCUCGCGCUUGCGGAGCGGACUCCGGCUUGGCGCGCGGGGGUUGUGCACGAGGCUAGCGACACCGCCCCCCCGGGCCUCAGAACAGGCUGCAGAGAUUGGGAGCCAUGGAGGUGCUAAGACCCAGGGGUCACAGCAGCAGUCAGGCUCAGAAGGUCCCAGCUAUGCUAAAAAAGUUGCACUCUGGAUUGCUGGUUUGCUGGGAGCCGGUGGAACCGUGAGCAUCGUGUAUAUUUUCGGAAGCAACCCUGUGGAUGAAAACGGUGCCAAGAUUCCUGAUGAGUUCGACAAUGAUCCAAUUCUGGUACAGCAGUUGCGUCGGACAUACAAAUACUUCAAAGAUUAUAGACAGAUGAUCAUUGAGCCCACCAGCCCUUGCCUUCUUCCAGACCCUCUGCGGGAGCCUUACUACCAGCCACCAUACACACUCGUCCUGGAGCUCACUGGUGUCCUCUUGCACCCUGAGUGGUCGCUGGCCACUGGCUGGAGGUUUAAAAAGCGCCCAGGCAUUGAGACCUUGUUCCAGCAGCUUGCCCCUUUGUAUGAAAUCGUCAUCUUUACUUCAGAGACUGGCAUGACUGCGUUUCCACUCAUCGAUAGCGUGGACCCUCAUGGCUUCAUCUCCUACCGCCUUUUCCGGGACGCCACGAGAUACAUGGAUGGGCACCAUGUUAAGGACAUUUCAUGUCUAAAUCGGGACCCAGCCCGGGUGGUUGUUGUGGACUGCAAGAAAGAAGCCUUCCGCCUACAGCCCUACAACGGUGUUGCCCUGCGGCCCUGGGACGGCAAUUCUGAUGACCGGGUCUUGUUGGACCUGUCUGCCUUCCUUAAGAGAGGAGCAGCAGCGCCUGGCCGAGCUCUCCAAGUCCAACAAGCAAAACCUGUUCUUCAGCUCUCUCACCAGCCGCUUGUGGCCUCGCUCCAAACAGCCCUGACCACUGGGCCUCCUCAAACUCAGUGCCUGGGUCUACAGGGCCCCCAGGGCUCCCAGACCAAGGCUGGGGCAGCCACCGGUCCAAUAAAGUGCAUCCCAGAUGCCACAGCUUCUGUGUCUGCAGUCUCCAGCUGGGGCGUCGGGGUGAGGUCCUGUCUUGGCUGACCAGCUGCUGAAUGCAGCAGGUGAUUUGUUGAAUCAGGGUUCUUGACGCUGGCCUGGGAAUCUGAAAGCCCUGGCUCUUCGCUCAGCCAUGUCUUCCCACGUGCUGCAUGAUCUGCAUAGGUGCAUCUCCCUUGCUGGCUCCACAUGCCUGUGUGUGGAAAAGUGAAGAGCAGGGUUUAAAGACGGGUAGCUGCGCGGAAAUGAAAUCUAAGCUCUGGUGGAUCAGCGAUUGCCACAUCUCACAAGAGCAGCAGCUGCUCAGCUGUAGACCGCUGAGGCCUGGGAGAGGGCUGGGUCUGCGGUCAUUUGGUCUCUGGUUUUUAACAGAAGACAGAAACCAAGAUUUUUACUGUUUCAUUCUCAUUUAUGUAUUUAUUUAUUUUUGGAGGCAUGUCUUACUAUGUUGUGUAGGCUGCCUUUAACAGGGCUCAAGUGAUGCUCCUGCCUCAGCCUCCUGAGUAGAUGAGACUAUAGAUGGGCUGUCAUGUCAAGCUAGAAAUUAGGAUUUUAAUACUGAUUCUCGUGCUUUCCAUUUACUUAUUUGGUAGUGCUGGGGUGGAACCCAGGGCCUUAUGCAUGCUAGACAAGUGCUGCAGUGUGAGCCUACCUCAGCCCACAUGGCCCUUUUACUGUAAGCUCUCCGAUUCGAGGAGUGCUCGGCAGUGGCACUGUCUGUGCCUGUGCUAUUCAGUGUGGUGACCACCUGCCACAUGGACUGUUAAGUACUGAUCCGUGGCUAGUGUGAGUGGCGAACUGAAAUUUUAUUUUUGCUGAGUGUGGUGGUACACUCCUGUAAUCCCAGCACUUAGGAGGCUGAGACAGGAGGAUUUCUGUGAAUUUGAGGCAAUCCUGGGCUCCAUAGUGAGUUCAGGACCAGCCAGCUUGAACUACAUGGACCCUGUUUCAAAAACCAAAAAAAAAAUUGUAAGAGAAAUAUUUGCAGUCCUGCGGACUGAACCCAGGGCUACUCUAUACUGAAUUAAUCUCCAGCCAUUUUAUUUUGAGACAGGGUCUCUAAGUUGCCCAGGCUGGUCUUAAACUUGUACUCCUCCUGUUUCAGCCUCCCAAAUACGAGGGAUGAUAGAUGUGCACUGCUGUACCUGGCAUGCACUGAAUUUAAUAUUUUUUGUGGUACUGGAGACUGAACCUGGGGCCUUUGUACUGAGGUAUAGUUGUGGCCCUUUUUUAUUUUGAGGCAGGGUGGGUUUUUUUUCUUCUUUUUUUUUUUUGGCCGGGGGGGGGGGCUAUUUGUUUGUUUCGAUUUUGAGACAGGCUCUGCUCCACAGUUUGUGCUGGCCUCAACUCACUGCAACCCCCUUGCCUCAGGCUGGGGGGCAUGCGCCACCACACUCGGCUCUUUUGCUAAAUUGCCUAGUUUGUGCUCAAAUUUGUGAUCUUCCUACCUCAGCCUCCCAGACUGGUGAGACUAGGUGUGCACAACUGCGUCCAGCUCUGAAUUUUUAAAUAACUUUUUCCUUAUUUUUGAGACAAGAUCUUGCUAUGUACUUCAGCCUGGCCUUAAAUUUACUGUGAACCCAGGCUGGCCUCAAACUCAUGGCAAUCCUCUGAAGGUUUAAAAUUUAAAUAAACACACAUGUGCCUUG